GGAAUGCUGAGCGAUUCCCGCCGCGGCAUGAGGCGUCUGAGUGGCCAACUUGAAGCUUUAAGUGGAUGGCGACUUCGUCAUCGCGGCGCGAGUGCUCGGCUUCGAGGCUGUUAUCUUAGUGUGAGCUAACGCUAGUCACGAUUCGUGACUUACAUGGUGGAAGUGUCAGCGGCGCCGUUCCGCUUGGGGCUGCGUUUUGGUGGCGAAAUCCCAAGAUCCGCUGCAUCGGAAUCGAGUGCAUGCCGCCGCCCGUCUCUGAAGCGAUUGCUACAGCGCGGCAGUGAUGGAUGGGCGGGGCACCAGCGGAUGAGUGCACCGCGAAAAAGGACUCGCGUUGCUGCAGCCCGCGGGCUUGACAUGGCUGCAGUUGCAGCUGCAACCACGCCACCAGUGCGGCUAAGCAGACAGGGUCGCUGCUGCUGGGCUCGAGGCCAGACCUCUGUGCUCCUGCUCGCACUCAUUUAUUCCUUGGGCUGCUGGAGUCCAGUCUGGACAGCGUUCACAGUGCGUUGCUACAGUAUCGCCACCGCCGCCUCGCGAAGCCACGAUCCGCGGUCAACGAUUCGUGACUGAAGCCCGAGGGCCUGUCUUUCUCUGUGAGCUCGGUGGGGCGCUUCUUUGCGAUGUUCUAGUAUUUUGGCUGGAGAGCAGUGGCUCGGUCUCCGUUGGAUAAUGUGCUGUUGAGUGGAGUGGGUAAGUUUUUUGAUCCGGCCAGUGAAACCUUAGAGCUCGAGCGCGGCACGUCACAUUCGCCUCGUGGAAGUCAAGGCGGUCCGCGCCAGGUGAAUACAGUAGAUGAGGUGAGAGCCCGACGAACGCUUUCACCAAGCAGCGCGACGCCACGCUCGACUUCGCAGAGACGUAGCAUUUCGCCGCACCGACGCGAUUUAUCCGUUGGACAGGCAUCGGAGCUCUGGAGCCUUGUGCUCGACAGUCACCUCCACCAUCGUUGAGGUGUCUGCACCCAAUGCAGACACAAUUCUCUGUGCUGUAGAAGCUCUUAGCUGAGAAGACCGCCACCUCUAUGAGGAACACCAGUGCCGGAAGGUCCUAGUAGUAUGAUAGGCUAUUGGUGUUCCUCCAAGGUGGCGGUCUUCUCAGCAGAGAGCUGGUACAGUGGAGAGUAGAUACCACGAAUGAGUAAAAUAGCAGUACAGUAUCAACAAGAGAGCACCGCGACUAAAAAGUAUCCUCGCGCA